AAUAUCAUUAACACUUUGCUCUCCAAAGUAAAAGAUCUUAAGCACCUCUAAAAGUCAUGGAUUUCGCCACAGCCUCCCAAAAAGCCAAGUCUUUCACCAAGACUCCCCCAGACAAUGUCUUCUUGGAGUUCUAUGGUCUCUUCAAACAAGCCACCGCCGGUGAUUGCAAUGUGGCCCAACCUGGUGCUUUGGACUUAAAGGCUAAGGCAAAAUGGAAUGCCUGGAACAGCCACAAGGGCAUGAGCCAAGACGCCGCUAAGACUGCCUAUAUUGCCACCUAUGAGAAAUAUGCCCCUCAAUAUGCCUAAUUUAGAACCAAAGAUUAAUGAUGUAAAAUAAAUUUAAAUUGA